UAGCAGCCCAGGAAGCCGGCCAGUGCUCGCCCAGCUUGAGGCCUUGCCAUCCUUGUGAGAAAUCGCCAUGUCUGAGGCACCCCGGGCCGAGACGUUUGUCUUCUUGGACCUGGAAGCCACAGGGCUCCCCAAUGUGGAGCCUGAGAUUGCCGAGAUAUCCCUCUUUGCCGUCCACCGCUCCUGCCUGGAGAACCCGGAGCACGACGAGUCUGGUGCCCCCAUGCUGCCCCGGAUCCUGGACAAGCUCACGCUGUGCAUGUGCCCGGAGCGCGCCUUCACCACCAAGGCCAGCGAGAUCACUGGCCUGAGCAGCGAAGGCCUGCUGCGUUGCCGGAAAGCCGGCUUUGACCGCGCCGUGGUGCGGACGCUGCAGGCCUUCCUGAGCCGCCAGGCGGGCCCCAUCUGCCUUGUGGCCCACAAUGGCUUCGAUUAUGACUUCCCCCUGCUGUGCACCGAGCUGCAGCGCCUGGGCGCCCGCCUGCCCCAGGACACCAUCUGCCUGGACACGCUGCCCGCGCUGCGGGGCCUGGACCGUGCCCACAGACAUGGCACCCGGGCCCAGGGCCGCAAGGGCUACAGCCUGGGCAGCCUCUUCCACCGCUACUUCCAGACAGAGCCGACUGCGGCCCAUUCGGCUGAGGGCGACGUGCACACCCUGCUCCUGAUCUUCCUGCACCGCGCGGCUGAGCUGCUCGCCUGGGCGGACGAGCAGGCCCGCAGCUGGGCCCAUGUCGAGCCCAUGUACUUGCCGCCUCAUGCUCCGCACCUGGAGGCCUAAGCACCAGCGGCACAAAUGCUCCCUGCGCCACGGGCAGCACCAGCGUCCACCACUCAGCUGGGCUCUGAGCAUAGCCUCGCUGCCCCUCCCCCAGCUCUUCUUGGUGGACAACCCCCGGUCCAUACACCUGCCGGGCCUCCCGGGCCUGGCCCGACCAGCCAUGCAGCCUAGAGCCUUCCCCAGGCCCCACCCCAGGGCCGCACUGCUGCCCUUCAUCCUGUUUCUCAAUAAA